CCUUUCUGCUGUGUUGUAUUUUGAGCAGACAUCUGCUAGCUAUGGACCAAAUCCAAUUUGCAAAGGUUGUUUAUCUUGUUCAAAGGAUAAUGGGUGCAUCACAUGCCAACACAAGUUAUUCUUCUUCCUACGAAGAGAAGGAAUGAGACAAUAUGGUGAAUGCUUGCAUUCCUGCCCAUCGGGGUACUAUGGACUUCGAACGCCAGAUAUGAACAGAUGUUCAAGGUGCAGAAUAGAAAACUGCGACUCCUGCUUUAGCAGAGACUUUUGUACCAAAUGCAAAACUGGCUUUUACUCGCACAGAGGCCGCUGCUUUCGAGGAUGCCCUCCUGGAUUUGCAGCCUUGGAAGAGCUUAUGGAAUGUGUGGAAGGCUGUGAAGUGGGUCAGUGGAGCGAGUGGGGAACUUGCAGCAGAAAUAACAAAACUUGUGGAUUUAAAUGGGGCUUGGAAACGAGAACAAGACAAAUUGUGAAGAAACCAGCUAAAGACACAAUACCCUGCCCAACCAUUGCAGAAUCCAGACGGUGUAAAAUGGCCAUGAGGCAUUGUCCGGGAGGUAAGUGUAGUCCACAAAAAUCUUUGUGA